UGUCUUCCUGUUUGGGUGCCGCAGCUGGAAAAAUGGCAGCUGAUACAGGGAGAUACAGGACUGCAGUUAGCAAAAACAAAGACCCUUCUGGUCUUCUUAUCUCUGUGAUAAGGACUCUGUCCAGCAGCGAUGAUGUGCAGGACAGGGAGACGGAGAAGGGUCGACUGGAAGAGGCCUUCGAGACCUGCGACAGGGAUUUAGAUGAGCUGAUUGUUCAGCAUUAUGCCGAGCUCACCACAGCCAUCCGGACCUACCAGAGCAUCACCGAGCGCAUCACCAGCUCCCGCAACAAGAUCAAACAGGUGAAGGAAAACCUCCUGUCUUGUAAGAUGCUGCUCCAUUGCAAGAGGGAUGAGUUGAGGAAGCUGUGGAUAGAGGGCAUCGAGCACAAGCACGUUCUCCAGCUGCUGGAUGAAAUUGAAAGCAUCAAGCAGGUGCCUCAACGGCUGGAGGCCUAUAUGGCGAGCAAGCACUACCUUCAUGCCACAGAUAUGCUGGUGUCAGCCGUGAAAUCCUUGGAAGGCCCCCUGCUGCAGGUGGAGGGGCUUGGAGAUCUGCGAUUGGAGCUCCACAGCAAGAAGCUCAACAUCCACCUUGUACUCAUUGAUGAGCUGCACCGACACCUCUACAUCAAGUCCACAAGUCGGCUGGGACACAAGAACAAGGACAAAAAUGCUGCCCGUCUUCUAAGCUCCACGGCCAAAGACACAUCUCCAAUGCCUGUGUUGGAUGUCGGCAGCCUGUCCACCCCACGCAAGCUUUUGGAUUCGACACAGUUCAGCACACCUGGAUCCAGCAGUGUACGUGAGGAUGGGAGAGAGUUGAACCAAGCAGACCUUCCUGAGGUGGAUCCAGAGGAGAACAGUGCUGAGUUUAUGGGCAUCCUCAUCAAGGCUCUGGCCAAGUUGAAGAAAAUCCCUGAGACCAUCAAAGCCAUAAUGGAGCGGCUGGAACCUGAGCUGAAACAGAUUGUGAAGAGGUCCACCACUCAGAUAGCAGACCAUGCUUACCAGAGAGGAGAAAACCUGGCCCAGGAGAGCCAGCCAAGGCUGGUGCUUGAACUGCUGGAGCUUUUGUUUGACAAGUUCAAGGCAGUGGCCCAGGCUCACAGUGUGGUGUUGGCCCACCUGCAGCAGAUCGCAGUGCAGUGCCCGGGCGGGGCCCACAAAGAGGGCAUCAAACUCUACGAGCAGGCCGACGUCUCUGCCAAGAUCCAGACGGUGCUGCAGGUUCUGCUUAUGGAGUAUCUGGAUGUGAAGAACAGCCGCAGUGCCACGGAACCGUCGGCUCAACUCUCCUAUGCCAGCACUGGCAGUGAGUUUGCUGCCUUUUUUGCGAAGAAAAAACCACAGCGUGCCAAGCAGUCGCUCUUCAAGUUUGAAUCAUCUUCCCAUGCCAUCAGCAUGAGUGCCUACUUGAGGGAGCAGAGGCGAGAACUCUACAGCAAGAGUGGAGAAUUACAAGGUGGUGCUGAUGACAACCUGAUUGAAGGGGGAGAAAUGAAGUUUGUGUGUAAACCGGGAGCGAGGAACAUCACGGUGAUCUUCCAGCCUCUUCUCAGGUUCAUUCAGGAGAUAGAGAUGAACAUGGGACCAGGCCAAGCCAAGCAGUGCCAGCUCCGAGCAUUCCUCACUUACUACAUCAAUGACCUCUUCCUCAACCAGGUGCGAACAGAGAUCAACAAGGAAAUUGAGGCAGUGAGCAAGACAGCUGACCCCUUGAAGAUCCUUGCCAACGCUGAUACCAUGAAGGUCCUGGGCGUCCAGAGACCCCUGCUCCAGAGCACAGUGGUAGUGGAGAAGUCCAUCCAGGAUCUAAUGAGCCUAAUGCAAGACCUGAGUGCCUACUCGAACCAGUUCCUCGAGAUGGUCUGUGACAAGCUCAAAGACUACAAGGAGAUCUGCAACACAGCCUACAGGGGUAUAGUCCAGUGUGAGGAGAAGCUCACCAUCAGUGCUUCCUGGUCUAAAGACGAGGACAUCAGUCGACUGCUCCAGUCACUCCCUAACUGGGCUAACAUGGCCCAACCCAGACAGACCCGACAGAAGAGAGAGGAUGAAGAGGAUUUUACUCGUGCGGCUUUUGCUAAGGAGUCUGAGGUGCUGACUGGAAACCUAGGAGACAAGUUGAUCCCCCAGAAUGAGAUCCUGCGUGACGUCAGUGACCUGAAGGCUCUGGCCAACCUUCACGAGAGCAUGGAGUGGCUUGCUGGUCGCCUCAAGACGUUCUUCGCCAACCUGCCUCAUGCCUCCAGUGCAUCCCCAUGCUCAGUAGACAGCCAGGUGGUUGGUGAGAGCGAACGGACCAGGGAGCAGAUUCUACAGACCCUAAGUGACCUGUCCCGGGGCUUCCAGGACAUUGCCGACCGCUGUCUCCUGGUAUUGCACCUGGAGGUCAGGGUGCAUUGUUUCCAUUACCUGAUCCCCUUGACUAAGCAAGGCAAUUAUGCCAUUGUGGCUAAUGUGGAGAGCAUGGACUAUGACCCACUGGUGGUGAAACUUAAUAAGGACAUCUCAGCCAUAGAGGAGGCCAUGGGGGCUGCCCUUCAGCAGCACAAGUUCCAGUACAUCUUUGAAGGUCUGGGUCAUCUGAUCUCCUGUAUUCUAAUCAACGGGGCCCAGUACUUUAAAAGGAUCAGUGAGUCUGGUAUAAAGAAGAUGUGCAGGAACAUAUUUGUCCUUCAGCAGAACCUCACCAACAUCACCAUGUCCAGGGAGGCUGACCUCGACUUUGCCAGGCAGUACUACGAGAUGCUGUACAACACUGCAGAUGAGCUGCUAAAUCUGGUGGUGGAUCAGGGCGUUCGCUACACAGAGCUGGAGUACAUCAAUGCCCUGUCCUUACUCCACCGCAGCCAGACGGGUGUAGGGGACCUGAGCACCCAAAACAUCCGGCUGCAGAGGCUGAAGGAGAUCAUCUGUGAGCAGGCCGCCAUUAAACAGGCCACCAAGGACAAGAAGAUCACUACAGUGUAACUAUAAAACAGGACAGGGUGGAGAAGGGGGGGUUGAGUUGCCUGGAAAUUAGAUAAAUAUGACCAGUAAAAGAGAAUAAUGGUGUGUUUCCCAAUCACCAAUCUGUCCUACACUGUUUCAACACUGUUUCAAUUCCAUCAAAUCUGUCUUGCAGGAACAUGUACAGCAGAUAAAUGGGUCAUGUAUGAGAGGGGAACGAAUUACAGAACUUGUGGGUGAUAUUUAAGAAUUGGGUUAGAAAACACUGAAAUAGAGGCUCUAGACCUAGAUCAUAAUGUGUGUGAAUUCUGUUGAUGGAGAGUGUGUGUCUUCUCCAUUUCGUCUUGCCUGAUGUGAUUAAACGCAUUGUAGUCGAGGGUUGACACAGGUGUACUUUCUUCCAACUCUGGGCAUGUAUAUUAUAUAUAUAUAAAAUAUAUAUAAAGUGUAUGCGGCACUGACUCGCUCUAAUUGGGAAGUGUAGGUGACAACCAACACAGCUGCAAAGUUUGCAAGUCUAGUUCCCUAUGCAUCCAUGUCACAAGGUAACCUAUAUUGUCAAUUUACACUUUUAAAAGAGACUACAAAUGCAGCACUUGCGCUUCGACUCCAACAGUCCCCCGCUCACCAUGACUCCAGCUCAGAUAAAAGGCGAUUGUCUUGGACACUCACCCAAAACUUAGGCCCCAUCUCAUCUAAUUUUCCUAUUAGAUCUAAACUGCUGCUCUCAAUUACACCUCUAUCUCUGCUCUCCUGGCAGCCCCAUGGGCCCACUGAUUCUGUCUGCAAUAACAGAUGCCAGAUUAGACUGUCUGAAUGAGGCCACAUCUUCCGCCUGCUGCCAAUUUGGGUUGGUCCCCAAAGAUUUCCCUUGCUGAGAAUUGUAUCAUAUCUGUGGCUGUUAAAAAUCCUGUGUGUCUGUCUUUUUUUCUUAUAGUUUGGGCUGCAAACUUGUGCGGCUAGUGUGGAAAGUUGUGAGUUUAUUACAUUUUUCACAAAUUGGACAAAAGAGACUCAAUAAUGGAGAUAUUUUUUGCUGAUUUCAGUUUCAUCCUUCCAUUAAACAAGUUUUAUUUGAAAUGUGAUAUUUAAAGUCCAGCACCCUACAGUGGAAUGACUUGCACUUUUUUGUGUUGGGGAGUUAUGUGGGAAUACAUUUCAUCAGUCAUACUAGCUCUCCAAACUGAAAUGAUGCAAUUCUGAAUCUUUACUUUGUCGUCCCCACUGCAUGUGCUCAAGUCUUUUAAAGUGAACUAAACAUAUAAACUCAAGAGGCGAUCCCAAAUCAUUCCCCCCUCCCUCCAACCCUCCCUGUUUUUAGUUCAUUAACUUGGGAGAGAAGUACUUAACGAGAAGAGGAGAGGGGAAUGGGAGCCUUGUCAAUACAGCGGGGCCGGCGCUGGUCUCCCUGAAGCCCACAGAGCAAUCCAUCAUAAUGACACAUAGGCUGGGAUCGAUGGGAAAACAACCACGGAGCUGCUGAGGGGUUGGCCUACCACUCUGAAAUGUACACUUGGUGUAAAAUCUAAGAUCUGCUCAUUCAGCUGUUCACUUGAAAGCUACUUUUGUAAUGUUAUACAUGGGAAACUUUAAUACAAUGUUAACUGGUUCUGUCAUGUCACACACAGAUACUAUUAUACUAUUAUCAAACUGCACACACAUAAAAGUAAAAACGUCAAAGUCCAGAAGGCUUAUGUAUUGGGCGUACUCCGUAUAUGUAAGUGCAAACCACUGGACAACUGCUGUCCAUGCUUUUUAAUCAUGAAUGAAAUAUGUAAAAUGUAAUAAAGAUUCAUUUUUUACUUAGAAGCAAAACUCAGCUCAUUUGCUUUUUCAUGUUUCUUUUUCCUUGUAAUGGGUCUUUAAUUUACACAUCUCUUCAAUUUGAGUAAUUUCUCUGUAAGAAUGUAAGAAUGUAUUGAAUUCUAGACAUCAAACUCUGUUAGUUAAGUUUAAACAUCCUCGUUGUUCCUCUGGUUGUUGAGUGACAUCUCAUAAAUGCUCUAAAAUGACUUUAAAUGAAGCACACAUCAUUUGUCAAUGCAUACACUAAUAGACUGAAAAAUAAACCCUUCAAAUUCCAAA